AUGGACAAUGCCCCCUACUAUAGCGUUAAAAUUGAGAAAUAUGACGACAUGAGUUGGAAGAAAAGUGAUAUCAUUUCAUGGCUGGUGGGUAAGGGGGAAACGGUACAGCCCCAUUAUGUAAAAGCACAAUUGUUGGAUCUCACGCGCAAAUAUAAGCGUGAAAAUAAUUAUGUUAUUGACGAAUAUGCCAAACUAAAUGGCCAUGAAGUAUUACGCCUUCCCCCUUACCAUUGUGAACUAAACCCCAACGAAUUAGCAUGGGCAAACGUUAAAGAUUACGUGAGAGCGCGAAAUACUAGUUAUAAACUAUCUGACGUCAAGACACUACUAAUUGAAGCCAUCGAAAAUGUUUCGGCCGAGUCGUGGCAGAAUUUUAUUCGCCAUACGAUAAAGGAGGAGAAUAGAGUACGUCGACUCGACAACAUUACGGAUACCAUUUUGGAUGAAGGUGAUGAGUGGGAGCACCCAUCCGAAUCCGACAGCGAUAUCGACAGCGAGAUAGACACCGACGUGUAA